AUGCCUCUAGAUAGGGAACAAGGUGGUGAUGACGAUGAUGACGCUUACGCUCACUUGCUGGGCCAGUUAGAGAUGAGACAAAGGCAGUUGACAGAGGCGGAGGAGACCGUUCAGCUUUUUAAAGAGAAGCUCGAGAAGUUGAGAGUCUACAACGACAGUGUGGUGACGGAGAACUCGGCCCUGCAAGGGAGGGUGUCGGAGGUCGAGGAGCUGCUGGGCCAAACACAGGGAGAACUUGAGAGGGCGUUCCAGGAGCAGAAGAGCUCGAGGGCGCAGUGGAAGGUUCAGUUGGAAACUCAGGCUGACGAAAUGCGGCGACUACAUAGAAUGAUCACCACACAGGAAGACAUUGAGGCAGAGAAGUUGAAGAUAGCGGGGGAGCUCGAGAUCGAGUGGGGCUUGGAGGAACUUCGAAGAUACAAUCGCAAGAUGGCGGCGAUUGAGUCAAGGCUGGCCAGCAGCAGGCAGAAGUGCGCGGAGUUGCAACGAGAACUCGACCAGGAGAAGAUACGCAAUGCUAUGGAGCGACAAGAUGCCGAUGCUGCACUGAAGAAAGCGAGAGAGGAGGUUAAGGGAGAGGAAGAGACGCUACAGCGAAAGCUCAGGGAGGCAGAGUUGGAGAUGCGACGGUAUGCAGAGCAGGUCAGUGCGAUCCCGAAGCUGAAAGCGCAGGUUUUUGAAAUGGGGGCUAAAAUGAAGGAGGGAAGUGCUCUGGUGGCCUCACUGAAGGAGCAGCACGAGGAGACGGUAGCGACCUUGCAAGCUAGGAUUGAGGUACAGAGGGCGGAGAUUCUCCAGAGAGGGAAGGAAGCGCGAGAUGCAUUGGCUGAGAAGGCCAAGACGGAUCGGGCUCAUGCUUCUCUCACUGAGGAGAGCGCGAGAAGGGGAAGGGAAAUUGAACGAUUGGAGACUAGUGUGACAGCUAUGAAGAGGGCUCACGAGGAGGAGAAGAAGGCGUUGAGGAAAGAAAGUGAAAAAGAGAUGGCCGAUCUCCGAUCUCAACUAGCCGCUCAAGAGGGAUGCGUGGGUCGCUUGGAGAAGGAGCUCGAUCGGAAGUGUCGGGAAUGCUGUGAACAAGUCAAUAGAGCAGCAGAGCAAGUGAAUGAGGCGGAGCGACGCGUUUCGGAGAUCCAGAGAAAGUUCGAUGAGGAGACGGCGCGAGUGACCAUGGCCCACGAGGCGGAGGUCUGUGAACUGCACAGACGGCUGGCUGGUAUGAAUACAGCAUGUGCGGAGGCUAAACAGACCAUCAGCGAGCUCGAGGCGGCGCUGAGGUCAGUAGAGGAUAGAAAUCAGCGGGCCUUGGCCGAAAAGGAGGAUAAGGCGGUCAUAGUCGCUAGCUCAUUGGAGCAAGCGAGAGCUCAGAUGAGAGCUGCGGAAGACAAGGCUGCUGAGUUCGAGCAGAUGGCCAGGGACUACACUAUGCUACAGUCGAAGCAUAGGGAGACUCUCGCUCAUCUUACUAAUACUGUGGAGAAGUUGGAGGAGAAAGAGAUGUCCAUCUCGGCUCUGAAGGCUGAGCUCAAAGAUGUCAACAGAGCACAUGAAUACGAGAGGCAUAAGGCGGCUCAGGAUGCAGAGCAGUGGGCGAGAGAGGCGCAGGAAACCAGGCUUGAAUUGCUCGAGAUGUCGCGGCAUUCACAGGCAGUUGCUGAGGAACUCCGACGUACCCGAUCGUAUGCUAAGAAAGUUAAGGCUAAGAACAAACAGAAGGUUAAGGAGGCCCAUACUAAAGUGUCGACCACGAACGGCAAGCUGAAGGAGCUGGUCCGGUUACAAGGCCACAUUGAAAAACGGGCAUCUGAGUCGAAGGUCUCAUACGAGCAACGGAUAGCUGAUCUGGAGAGGCGCCUACUGCAUGCUACUUUUGGUGGUGGCGGCGGCACGGCUCUUGCUCUGGCUAGUAUCCCUGCUCUACCAGUCAGCGGCAGUAGCAGCACCAAUGGCUAUAAUGCUUUCGUGGACAUGCCAGCGCCGGCCAGCUUAUUCCGACACACUACGGUGGAGUCAGCUCGUAGACAUCGCCGAGUCAGAGACAGGAAAACUCGGCAACAUGUUGAUGCUGCUGCAGGGCCGAGUACCAUCGCUGAGGAGUCGAAGGAAAACCAGGCGACUACUCAGCCAAGCCAGGAAGAGGAUGAUGUCGACCUCGCUGAGUCCCACCUCUGGCCUGCUGAGCAUGCAAAUCAAUAA